AUGUCAGAUUUCCCAGGUGAGGAUAAAAAGAUACCCAAAAGGCUGAUUGAAGCUGUGGCUCAUGCCCCUGUAGACUACCUGGUGCCCAAACUAGGUCUUUCGAACUUACUCGACUCGGAAUUUGAGACUAAUGUGAUCCAGCGGCAAGAUGUCUUUGCCACGCAACACACUAAAGCAUACUCAGAUUUGCAACCAAUGUCGUUUGAUGUGGCAGAUGAUGCAAACCAAGAACUACUCUUCAGAAGACCACGAAAUAUGUCUUUUGGUUCUACCAACCAAAGUGCGACCUUGUUCGAUGGUCUCUCUCCUUUGGCAAGCCGAUGCCUUGCUGCUUCGGCCCAAGUUUCAAGUGAUAACAUCAAAGAAAGUCUACUUGUUCAAUUGGAAAGACCAGGGAAACAUUCGUCAAAGUCUACAGAUGACGGUGAAAGCAAAAUGGAGUUCAAAACUGAGAGUUCACCAAAGAGGAUAAAGACUGGAUCUGGUAUAUCAAUGAACAGGGUAGAUUUGGGAGACAAAUAUAUACAGGAACUGACUACAAUUCUAGGCAUCAUAAAAAAGGAUGAUUUCGAAGCUGCCGAGUAUUGGUAUCCAGUGGUUGACGACGCGCCUGUCCUUUCUGAAACCUGUCUAGCAAAAUUAAGCAUUAUUAUGAAGAAUAUUCUAUCUGUCCCAAGUUCAUGGCAUAGCGUCGAGAGUUCAUGGCUUGUUGAUUUGCUUAAAAUUUUGGUUGGAAACAUUGAAUGUGCGACGCAGCAUUCUCAGGAAAGUAACGAAGAUAGAAUAAUAAGCAGAAUUGCCCAUGCCUCGACUUCCCUGAUUUUCACUAUAUUCAUGAUAUCCAAGAAUGACAAGCGUCUUUUCCUCGAGCAGUUUGUGUCUGAACCCACAAACUUCAUGAGCGCUUCCUUCGAAUAUCUUUUGAGCGAACCAUCAGAUGUCGACAACGUCAAGGAUCAGACAAUUUUACUACAGCAAUCUAUUUCACUGCUUCCUAGCUACAUUGAUAAUGUUUCUUUCAUAGAUGAGUCCUUGGUUUUCAAGUUCGUCUAUUUAUUUGCAAAGCUUCUCAUGACUAACGCAUCGGAGGCCGUCACUGAUCUUCAACUACAAAAUAGCUGGUAUAAGAUGAAAGAUUCAAGCAGAAAGAUAUUAGUCACAUUGUUCCAAAAGGUUUCUGAACAAAGGGAGUUUAUCUUAGAGGAGCUUUUAUCCCAUGGCGAGCAAACACCUGUGAAAAGGAACCAAAAAAAGCUCCGAAAAGUUGGCAGUGACAUAUUUGUGACCGAUUUCACACUGACGAUCGUGUCAAUGCUCGAAACCCUAAAUUGCUCCGAUCAUUGCAAGAAUCUACCCGAAGAAACGAGCGAUAAGUUAGCGUAUGUCAAAGAGAGGUUUACUAUCGAAUUUGAACACUCGACUGCAUUUGGGUCUAGAAUAGCAGAUGUGCUUUUAAAUAAAUUGAUUGAAAACCCCUCCUCCUAUCGGCAUGUGAUUGAAAAUUACGUUUACGACCUAAUCGCACUACUUCCCUAUCCACAAUAUUCGAUUUCGCAACAUUUACUAGAUGUUAUCUUCAAAAAACUCCUUACCGCUACCUCUUCGCCUCAACAGCAGUCUGCCAACGUGGAGACCACGUUUUUGCAGCUUCUUGGAGCCACUGGCGCCUCUAUCUUUGAAAUCAAAUGUGCGACCCGACCAAAUGAAGGAAACAAUUUAAUAAAACUAGUGAAUUAUCCGGAAAGCUUACCACAAUUCAUAAGCUCCUACGAAAACUGCUUGAAGUUCUGCCUGUCAAAAGGCGUAAGGCAUUCUGGAGCAAGAUACUUAUGGAAUCAAGUCGUUGGUAUUUUGCUGAAGGCAGUUAAAUAUACAAAGGAUGAUAAAGCUCAAAGUGACAAAUUUCUCGAAAUCCUAUUCACAGAACUAAACAGAGGAGAAUCUUUAUUUAGCAGCAGUGAAAAUGUUCCGAAGAUCAAAUACUUGGAUAUCAAAUAUGAUUAUUAUUCCUUUUUGCAUGCUUUCGAUCUCAUGAACCUCUAUGAACCAUAUUUGAAGGUCCUGUUAACAUUACUUGAAAGUGAGAAGAUAAAGAUGAAAUCGACAGCAAUCAAAUGCCUUUCAAUGCUGGCGUCUCAUGAUAAGGCGAUACUAUUUAGCCCAAUGGUCAAGCACACUAUUGGGAAAACCUUAGAAAACUCUCCCGCAUCCGUGAAAGAUGCAAUACUAGACCUUAUCAACAGGGGAUCAUCGGCCGAGGAAUAUUAUCAACAAAUCAAUCACAAUUAUGAUGACGAAAGUACAUUAAUCCGUAAGCGGGUACUCAAGAUGAACGAGAAGAUAUACAUUGAAACCGGUUCCCAACAAAUAAAGGCUACGGUGGCAUCAAGAAUUUUGUUGAGAAUGGAGGAUGAAGAAGACUCAAUUAUAGAAAUGGCGAGAGAUGUGCUGCUGAAACAAUGGGUUUCAUCGAUUACCGAGGAACCAUCGCCUGAAAGACAAGUUCAGAAAUGUAGAGAAGUGAUUAGAGGAAUGGCUGGCGUGGCUAGCAUCAACGAAAAGUGCUCGCGCCAUUUCGAGUGGUUUUUGAACUUCUACCUACUGAACGGAGAUAGUCAUUCCCCAGAGACCUAUGUUGCAAUCAAGCAGUGUCUGAAUAAAAUAACUGACGUGCUGGUUCAAACUAUAACAGAAUUGCAGGCCUCUGAAAAGGAAAUAUCAACCAUGUGGAAUAGAGAACAUCUACUUUUUUUACUGGCGAAAUUUGCUGACUGCAAUGUUUCCUUCAUUACGAAGAACCAUAUUAUUGCAUUAUACCCUUACCUAAUGUCAGAUGAAAGAUCCGACAUUCAAUAUUACAUUUUGCAUGUUUUCAGAAAUAUCCUGGAAAAGGAUUCGACCUUCAGCACAAAGUUUCUUCAUGAUCUAGAAACUACGUUGCUGAGCAGGCUACCACGAAUGAACGUGAAAGAGAUAUCCGAAGCUAUGCCUCUCAUAUGGUGCGUUGCUACUCAUCGAAAUGAUACAGGGAGAGUGCUCAAGGCGUGCUCAUCCUGUUUCCAGCAUCUGACACCAUAUGUCAGCCAAGUGACUAAGAGUUCGACCAUCACCGCCGAAGGUAAGCUUCAGAGAUUAAUUUAUCUUGCGACGGGGUUUGCUCGUUACUGUCAUUUUACGACCUUCACAGGGAAACCAGUUUUAGUUGGAGAAGACGAGUCUGUCUAUGCUUUUGUUGCCAAGCGUCUUAUUGUAUUGUCCCGUAAUGGCGUUCCACAUGUAAUACGCAGAGUUGCAAUCAAAAAUCUGGUUCAACUGAGCGGCAGUCAUCCAAAUCUUUUCAAUUCGAAACCAAUUCUAUCCCUCAUAGAUGGAGAACUGGAGUCAGCCAGUUUGGAUAUUAAACUUGUCAUACUGGAGAGCCUUUAUGAUUUUUUUACAGCCGAGGAACGCAGGUCCAUUCUGAAGACUGGCGUCAAUGGUUCAAUUUCUUCGAAUGAAAGACUGAAGAAAAAACUUUUGAAAGAGAAAAGAGUAGAAUCAGCGAAUGAUGGAGUUUGUUCUGCACUCAUAACACGUUUUCUAAGACAUAUCCUAAAAGUGUGCCGUUUAGCAGAUAUAAAGAGCUCCUUAAUUGCUGUCAGGCUUUUAAAGCUGACACUGCAAUACGGCUAUACCAACCCUUCCCAUUGUAUACCAACUUUCAUCAGCCUGAUUGCUUCGACAAACGACUACAUGAGACAUGUGGCAAUCGAAAUGUUGACAGAGUUAUUUGAGAAAUACGAAACUAUGGUCUUUAGUGGCAUAACACCAGGUGUCAAGCUGGCAAUUGAGUACUCUCAAUCUUUGCAAGGUAGGAAUUUUUCUAGGAACAAGCUCUUCCUGAAUAAUCUACAAAACAUUGUUGGCAUGGGUAAAAAAAACUCGACGAGAUAUUUCAAGAGCGUUUUCAAGGUUCUAAAAGUUUAUUUCAAUAAAAUCAACGGACCUCAUACCGAAGAUAUGAUUAAAGAUUCGAUUUUGUUUAUCUCUGCGAACUUAUGUUCCUUGUCUUUUCCCAGCCAGUUUGAACUGGCUGAAAUACUAAACAUUAUAGAGUUGCAAGCAGAGCAAUUAACAGAAUCUUUGGUCGAUGAGUAUCAAGAUGAAGAAGAGAUUAACGUUCCUCAGAACGUGGAAAAUACCUUCGUAGUUCUUGAGUGUCUGAAGAGACUGAAGUCGUUUCUGAUAGCUGAUUAUGGGUUGAAGAUUGACAUAUCGACUGUUGAAGGCGCACAGGCGCUUGAACUCAAGAAAAAACAUCUUACAUCAACAUCGAAACACGAUUUCUCAAGUGAGCUGGAAAAAUUGCUUUCUGCAUUGACAGGGCAGGUGAUUUUAGAUGAUCUCACCAAAAUGGUGAGACAAGCAAGUUAG